AUGUCUAACUUUCAGUCCUCGCCCGGCUCUAAGCGCGAGUCGUCCUUCGAGGUCUCGCGCGAGCUGUCCAACGAUGCACCUAUUGAUCUAGACGAUCUCGACGCCGAAUAUGGCCAGUUCAAAAACGCGGAACACUCGGAUGCUACCGCUGGCCGCGAUCUUACUUCCGAGUACGGCGCUCAAUUUGCAGCCGAGUUCGGCGGUGAGCCUGGUUCUGGCUCCGGCUCAGGCUCAGGCUUCCCUGAAGCAAAGCCCGUUGCUCCCGCGGCGCCAGGUAACGUCCCUUCGGCGCUAUACGAGUUCCACGAACGCCCCGUCACCGUUGGCGAAUUCUACAGCCAGAACUUGCGGUCCACGUUUACCCUAGCGACUUUCACCAACUAUCUACGCAGUCUGCUGCCCAUCAUGAGGUGGCUGCCGCACUACAAUGCUCGCUGGCUAUAUCAGGACUUGGUUGCGGGCAUCACCGUCGGCUGUGUACUCGUGCCCCAAUCUAUGUCAUACGCACAGAUCGCUACGCUGUCACCACAAUACGGGCUCUACUCUUCGUUUGUUGGAGCCUUCAUCUACUCAUUUUUCGCAACCUCGAAGGAUGUCUGUAUUGGACCUGUCGCUGUCAUGUCGCUUCAAACAGCUAAGGCCAUUUCUCACGUGGUCAGCAGCCUUCCUGAAGACACCGAAAUUACUAGCCCCAUGAUCGCGACUGCGCUCGCGCUUUUGUGUGGUAUCAUCUCGCUUGGUUUGGGUGUACUGCGGCUCGGCUUCCUAGUCGAACUGAUCUCCUCCACUGCUGUCGCGGGUUUCAUGACUGGCUCGGCGCUCAACAUUAUUGCGGGCCAGGUGCCCGCGCUCAUGGGCUACAACAAGCUGGUCAACACUCGCACUAGCACCUACAAAGUUAUCAUCAAUUCCCUACGCCAUUUGCCAGAUACAAAGCUUGACGCGGUCUUCGGACUCGUGCCUCUAGUAAUCCUGUACGUAUGGAAAUGGGGCUGUUCCACUGGCGGUCCUCGCCUCGUGCAACGCUACGGGUCGCGCCGCAGCCGCAUGUGGGACAACGUCUUCCUGUACACUCAAGCUCUGAGGAACGCUGUGGUGAUCGUUGUGUUCACGGCUAUUGCUUGGGGCAUGAGCCACCGCGCCUUGAAAGAGGGCGGCAGUGCGCGCAUUUCGCUGCUGGGAACUGUUCCUUCUGGGCUCAAAGAUGUGGGCGUUAUGAAAGUGCCAAGUGGCUUGUUAUCUAAAAUUGCGCCCGAACUCCCCGCUUCAGUGAUCGUGCUGGUUCUCGAACACAUUGCAAUCUCCAAGGCGUUUGGACGUGUGAAUGAUUACCGCGUUGUGCCUGACCAGGAACUCAUCGCCAUUGGCGCUACCAACUUGAUUGGCACUUUCUUUAAUGCAUACCCGGCAACAGGUUCAUUCUCGCGUUCUGCGCUGAAAGCCAAGUGUAAUGUUAGCACGCCUCUCUCUGGAUUGUUUUCCGGUGCAUGUGUGCUGUUGGCAAUUUACUGUCUAACUUCUGCUUUCAAGUUCAUUCCUAAGGCAACACUAAGUGCGGUAAUUAUCCAUGCAGUGUCAGACCUGAUCGCCUCAUAUAAGACAACCUGGAGUUUCUGGCGUUUGAGUCCUCCUGACCUCGUCUGUUUCUUGGUCACCGUCGUGAUCACUGUGUUCAGCAGCAUCGAGAACGGAAUCUACUUUGCUAUGUGCUGGUCUGUUGCAGUCUUACUGUUCCGCACCGCGUUCCCCGCGGGCAAGUUUUUGGGACGUGUGCAGAUUGCUGAAGCGCGUGUGACCAACAGUGGCGCUGGCGCCGGUGUGGGCAUGAGCUCUGGCAACAGUGCUGGUACCGCCGUCAACCGCGAGAAAGAACGCGAAACCACAUUCACGGCCGUUAGCGUCUCAUCUGAAUCGCUGUCACACACAGCGCCAGGGAAAGCUAAAGCUGCCAAUAGCGCUGGCACAGACAAGCUGGGCAAGGUCGAAGGUCAUGUGACUGACGGCGGUUCCCCUCGUGCACCACGGUUCCAUACUAAGUGGGUGCCUUUCGACCGCUACACUCGCGAGCUCAAUCCCGAGGUCUUCGUUGCGCCCCCUCCGCCAGGAGUUAUUGUGUUCCGCCCUAGCGAAAGUUGGACAUACGUCAACUGCUCGCGUCAGUACGACGCCAUUUUCGAUGAGGUGGUGCGCCUAACGCGGAGAGGCAGACCUCAAAUUGUGGCCAAGAGCAGCUCACGCCCCUGGAAUGACCCUGGUGAGUGGCAUCCUCCUAAGUUCCUGCGUAAGCUAUUCAAGUCCAGCUCUGAGGACCUGGAAAACCGCGCCGUUGCUCGUGAUGAACGUCCUGUACUACGUGUGAUCGCCAUGGACUGGUCGCAGGUCGCUCAGGUGGACUCCACGGGUCUGCAGACACUCCAGGACCUACGCAAGGCUGUCAACAAGUAUGCGGAUCGCCAGGUCGAGUUUCACUUUGCUGGUAUCAUUGAGCCCUGGGUGAAGCGCGGCCUCAUUAACAGCGGUUUUGGGACCGUUAACGACGAGUUCGCCGACGAGUCGCUGCUCGUUGGCCACAAGAGCUGCCACAUCGCCCGCUCCGCGGAGCCUACGGAGGACGAAGAGUCUCGCUUGGCACACCCUGCAACCGGCACAAAUCUUCCCUUUUUUCACCUGGAAUUGCCGGACUUUUCUGAAUGGGAUUACAGUGAUUAA